CGCGCGCUGUGUAUCAGUAGUAGCAGCAGUAGACGUGGAGGAAGAUUCGCCGCUGUCGGUUUGACACGGAAGUCGGAUUAUGUGCGAAUUUGGAGUUUGUUAAAUGUUUUGUUCAUAUCAUGGAACGAUACAGUAAACAGUCAGACAUUUAAAAAAGACCUGGGAAGGUUGUUUUUGUCCCCCCCCUCCCUCCUGCUAUGGCGCCCAUGGGGAUCCGGCUGUCCCCGCUCGGAGUCGCGGUGUUCUGCCUGCUCGGACUCGGCCUCCUGUAUCACCUGUACUCCGGGGUCCUGUCCAACAAGCUGGCCGCCAUCAGGCAGAAGAAGACGGUGGACCUGAGGGAUCUCCUCGCCUUGUCUAUGGAGGCGGCUGUGCAGGGAGGAUGGGAGGUGAAGCGCAUCCGCAUGGAGGACACUCUGGAGGAAAAAACCAAGGGCAAAACCGAGGAGGGAGCCUCGGAGAAGCUGACCCAGGGGGAUCUCAACUCACACAGGAAGAUGUACCACCUGAUCAAAAACACCUACCCCUACAUCCAGGUGAACUCCGAGGAGCACGAUGGCGUGGACGGUGAAGCCACCGUAUGGACGCCCAACAUCCCGAAAGAGGUCCUGAGCAAAAUCCCAGAGGGGAAGGUGGUGCCCGCUGAGAGCGUGACGGUGUGGAUCGACCCACUCGACGCCACACAGGAGUAUACAGAAAACCUGCGCAAGUAUGUUACGACCAUGGUGUGUGUGGCUGUGAACGGGGAACCAGUUGUAGGUGUGAUCCACAAGCCCUUCACCAGCUUCACAGCCUGGGCGAUGGUGGGCGGAGGAGCGAACGUGGCACCGCGAGAAUCCUACAACACGGACGCCCCCAAGGUCAUAGUGUCGCGCUCGCACGCAGGCAAAGUGAAAGGCUUCAUUCAGCAGGCGUUCGGGAACAACACCGAGGUCAUACCAGCAGGGGGCGCAGGUUACAAGGUCCUCGCUCUCCUGGACGUAUCUGACGACGAAUACGAGAAGGCCGACAUGUACGUCCACGUGACCUUCAUCAAGAAGUGGGACAUCUGCGCCGGAAACGCCAUUCUAAAAGCGCUGGGCGGUCACAUGACCACGCUGAAAGGGGAGGAGAUCGAUUAUUCGGGGACGCCGAAGAACCCGGGCGGACUCCUGGCCACCGUGAGCGUCGACCACGAUGCCGUGGUGAAAAAGCUUCCGGCCCGGGACGCGAACAAGAACUGAUCAGCGGCACAGACCCAACGCUCGGGCGCUAGAGACGGGACGCAGGAACCUCGCAGGAGCUUCGGCUCGACGCGAGCAAGGACGGGAUGUUUAACCUCCCCUGACGGCUCCCGGCGUGGCCGCGCUGUUGGUUCAUUAUCUCCGUGUUGGACGCAGAUUCUUAGUUUUAUAAAUCCUCUGUUACAAGCGCAGCACCAGUAGGGAUGCAUCGAUGCUGAUUUUAACGAGUAGGUUAAUAAUUAAUAAUAUUAAUGCCAAAGUGAGGAACCUUGUUAGCAUUAAUCAAUCAGGAACGUCGCUUUAGCGCUGGUUUCUUUUCUUGCUUCCAUGUCCUGCUAGCAAUACAGGGAUUUGUUAAGGAGAGGAGCAGACUGAUGGACAGAACGCUUUCGGUAUCCAUGCAUCCCUGCGCACUAAUGAACAAAGCGUUUGGUGUGUACUGAUAUUAAAUUAAAAAGUCGUUACAUAUAUAUAUAUAUAUAAAUACUGGGAACUCCUGAGACACUACAAAGACUUUAGGUCAUGUAGGAGGGUAAACUCCACCCCCUUCCAUUUUACCCAGCCUCCUUUUACGCCCAAGGGCACUAAAUGUUGGUGAGCCUAAUUACGCUGUGUCAUGCCCGUGUGCAUGCCGUCGUCACUCCUCCCUUUGAGUUUACUCUGAGUAAAAGUAAAUUAAUAAAUAAAUAAAUGCAUAUUUGUGUCGAUCAGCCGGCAUGUUCAGAGCUCGCGGCUUCCUAGUUUCUCCAGCUUUGCAUAAAAACACGUGUGCGUCUCUCUUUAAACCCAUGCAAGCAUUAAAAUGGCAUUUCGUCUGAUUACGAUAAUAACAUCAAUUUUUAUUUUGGUUGUUUUUUGAUGCCAUUCAAGUCGCACAGCACUGAGGUGUUACAUCAAAAGAAUAGGGUGUGUUUUUUGGUGGUUUUUUUUAAGAUGAUUUCAGGUUUCUAUCGAGUUCUCGCUUCUGAUUGGCCAGAGUGAUGCUCGUUACGGUUUCUAUAGCAACACCUCGUUCACUAGCAGAGUGUGAUUCUUUAACAUGUAUACAAGCAGUCUUCAGCAUCCGUGAUUUUAAAUACUUCUAAUUUUCCAUCAGACUUUCAAAUGACUUCUCUUCUUCACAAUGACCUGUUUGUUUAUUAUUUCCCUAAAAGAGCUCAACCCCCUAGGUGUGUUACUUUACUCCAAAGCAAAACUCUCUUAACGUGUCCCGGCUGAUCGACUAGAUUUAACAGAUUACUACGGUUAUAAUUAUUCUAAUAGCAUCAUUGUUGAUUCUGUUCUUUUGAAAUGACGUGUAAUAUUUUUGGGUGUGUCUUUCUUUCAUUCUAAUGGGCGGACAGACGAGCAGGUUCUUCUGGUUUUCCUGUAACACCUGUAACGCACACUGACUGCGAUGGCCAGCGGUCAUGUGACUCCCCCGCCCAUCGUCUGCCAACCCUCCUUCCUCCACUCAUGGCAUGCAUGCACGUUUUUUUAGGAGUGUAAAUACGGCACACGAUUAUUAAGAGGAUGUCUGCUGUUACCUCCUGCAUGCACUCCGUUCCAAACAGCCGAGGCAUGUUGUGUGACGUCAUCGUGCUAACUUUUAUUUAAUUUUCAUUUCUGGAUUGUAAUAAAGCUUUUUUUUUUUUCUUUUGGUGUGUUUUUCUUCAAUAGAAAUUUUCCUAAUGUUUCGUCGGAGGAAGAUGAGCUCAUGAUACGUCUCAUAAGUGUGUUUGAGGGAAGAAAUUAAAUAAAGUGCAGUGAAAUCUUUAUGAA